AUGCCUCCCAUCCGACCUCUCGUCCACGUCGCUAAUCUACCAGCGACGACGACUGAGCGCGAUUUGUGCGAGAUGUUUGGUUCAUUGGGUCAAAUCCAAUCUGCCAAAGUGGUCACUAGUCGUCCUGUUGGAGGUCUAGUGUAUGGCUUUGUCGAGUAUGUCGAUGCAGCAUCUGCCGAGCGAGCUAUCCGUACAAUGGAUGGAUGGUUAUGGUUUGGCACUCCGAUCAAAGUCACUUGGGCUAAACAUAGUAUGCAUCCUGACGCAGCAACAUCGCCAGCAGCAAUGGGAGAAGUAGAUCCCGCAGAACGAGGAGGUCAAGUUGCGAUGCAUAGCAAUGCUGGUCACUCUCAUCUCUUUGUUGGGGAUCUUUCUCCCGAAGUGGAUGAUGCUUCGUUGCAUGCACUCUUUUCGAGAGUCCCCUCUUUGGCGGAUGUGAGGGUAAUGUAUGAUGCGGAAACAGGGAAGUCGAGAGGGUUUGGGUUUAUCAACUUUCGUAGCAGAAACGAUGCGGAGACCUGUAUAACUACUAUGCAAGGACAGUGGUUAGGUGGCCGACAGAUUCGUGUUAACUGGGCUAAUCAGAAGAACCAGAACCAGCCACCACUCACGGCGAUUACAACAAUCUCAGGUGAUUAUCCAACAGCGUAUCCUUCCCAAUCACAACAACGACCCGCCCCAUUCUCAACCAAACUAGUCUUAUCCUCCUACACAUCCACCCCUUCCAACUCUAUCACCGACCGUCCUCGUUUCCCCGGCCUCCCUCGACGUCACACCGCCGGCUUCGAUUCCUCCACCCAACCCACCAACCCUUCUUUGACCCACAAAACCUAUUCCCAAGUCCUAUCCUCCGCUCCUUCACCCGACCUCACCAGCGUCUACGUCGGCAAUCUAUCCCCUCUCACCUCCCGUCAAGACCUCUUGAGGAUGUUCGCCCCUUUCAAUCACGGACAGCCGCUCGAAGCCCGAAUCCCGUCCGGGAGAGGAUACGGUUUCAUCAAAUUAACCAGUCACGAACAGGCCGCGAGUGCAAUCUGUACACUUUCCAUCCAAGGCGUCUUCAUGCACAGUAGAUGGCUACGGUUCGGUUGGCAAAAAGAUAGAGAGCCCGGUGUCAGGGGUGAUAUGCGUACGCAAAGGUCUGAAUCGGAUCCUGCCCCUGGGUUUCGGUCUCGGUCUAGUCCUUCAAAUUCGGAUUUCAUUCCGUUCUAG